UCGGACUCGUUAUUCCACUUGGAAAGGGAAAUAACUCUUUCUGUACUGCCACAACAUCCACCAUGUGGGGCGAUCAAGCAGAUUUUCCACCUGAUUACUAUCCGGCGUAUCCUCCACCGGUUGAUUUACAUGACAUGCACACAGGUGACCCUCGUCAGGACAUUGAGUACGAGCGUCAGUACCAGCAGUCCACGUACAUAGUACCAGACAUUAUCAAGAGCUUUCUUACUUACUUCCAGAAAAGCAUCACUGAACAGAAUGUGUAUGAAAUUCAAAACGCCUAUGAAAAUGGGUUCAACAAGUUGACAGAAAGAUUUUUCAAGACUUCUCCCUGGCCAGAGGCAGAAGUAGUUGCCCCAAUUGUUCAAAAUGAUCAUUUGUUCCUGAUUCUGUACAAGGAGCUUUUCUACAGGCACAUUUAUGCUAGGGUUCAGAAUGGACCAACACUGGAGCAGAGAUUUGAAUCUUAUUACAAUUACUGUAAUCUCUUCAACUACAUACUAAAUGCUGAUGGCCCAGUUCAUCUAGAACUCCCCAAUCAGUGGUUGUGGGAUAUCAUUGAUGAGUUUAUCUAUCAGUUCCAGUGCUUUAGCAUCUAUAGAUGUAAGGUGAACAAGAAGUCAGAUGAAGAGAUCAGUUUCCUUAGAGCCAACCCCAAGAUAUGGAAUGUCCACAGUGUCCUCAAUGUGCUGCACUCUCUAGUGGACAAGUCUAACAUCAACAAACAGUUGGAAGUGUACUCCAUGGGAGGUGAUCCUGACAGUGUUGCUGGAGAGUUUGGACAACACAGUCUGUAUAAGAUGCUGGGUUACUUCAGUCUGGUGGGGCUCCUCAGACUUCACUCCCUACUGGGCGACUACUACCAGGCACUCAAGAUUCUAGAGUGUAUUGACUUCAACAAAAAAAGCAUGUAUUCACGAGUGCCUGCCUGCCAGAUCACCACAUUUUACUAUGUGGGUUUUGCUUAUCUAAUGAUGAGAAGAUACCAGGAUGCUAUUCGAACAUUCUCCAAUGUUUUGUUGUAUAUCCAAAGAACAAAACAGAUGUUUCAAGCUAGGGUACAGAUGUAUGACCAGAUCACUAAGAUGAAUGAUAAGAUGUACACUCUACUGGCCAUCUGCCUUGUUCUACAUCCAAUGAGAAUUGAUGAGAGCGUACACUCUCAGCUCAGGGAGAAAUUCCAGGACAAGAUGCUCAGAAUGCAGAAAGGAGACAUUGAGGAGUUUCAGAAUAACUUCUCUUUUGCCUGUCCUAAGUUUCUGUCCCCGGUACCACCUAACUAUGAUGCUGUGGCCUCCAUAAAUCACAAGGAACCAUUCCUGCUUCAGUUGAAAGUUUUUAUAGAGGAGGUGUCUCAGCAGAUUGUUCUCCCCACCAUCAGAAGUUACCUGAAGCUGUAUACCACCUUACCCUUGUCAAAACUGGCCAUCUUUAUGGACAUGAGUGAGGAUGAACUGAAAACUCACCUGAUGUGCUUUAAGCAUAAAAUGAAGAAUGUUGUGUGGACAAAGGGAACCAGUGGCUUGGAGGGUGAGUUCCAGUCUGCAUCAGAAGUGGACUUCUACAUUGACAAGGACAUGAUCCAUAUUGCUGAUACAAAAGUUGCCAGAAGAUAUGGAGAUUUCUUCAUACGACAGAUUCAUAAGUUUGAAGAGAUAACCAGAAAUUUGAAAUUAGUUAGUUCAGGAGCUGGAAAAACUUCCUCUUAAGACUGCGGACAGUAGAGGGACAGCAUACAGUGCAUUAAUAUGAACUGACAGCAUACUGUGUAAUAACAGGGACAUACUUUAGUAAAUUCAGUACCUUAUGUCAUUAAUGUUCAGUGUCGACAGAUGAAAAUAAAAUGUUGUAAUGUCA